AUGAGUGAAAACAAGAGCUUCAUCGCCCUUCGGAUUUCUCCGGUCUCAAUAAAGAUUGUGAUGGCGAGGAGACUACGUGGCCCUGGCUCCCACAGCAAGACCAAGACAGCAACGUGUCGCGUGGGCCGUGAUGUUGACGCGUCCACCUCGUCCGUGAGCUCCACCACGAGGCCCCUUGGGGGUGGCGAGGCGGACGGCGGCAGAGAUGAAGGCGACCGCCAGGGGGGUAAGAAGCUGUGUGCGGACGCCUGUGAGCAAGAGUCGUACGAGGACCGGCAGGAGAACGAGCUGGAGGUGCUCACGGCCAUCUACGGCGGCGAGUUGACCGACCUGAGGAAGCAAGACCCAUGGAAGGUGCGCCGCCCGCCACAGGUGUGCAUUUCACUGGCACCCCACGAUAGCGCAGGAGGUGCGUGCUACGUGACGGUGGACCUCACAGCUCCAGAAAUUGAGCUGAACAAUGCCAAAGGCCUGUCCAAUGAGAGUGUGAAAGAGCUGCAAGCCCAGCUGACAACCCUGGUAUCUGAACUGCGUGGAGAGGUGAUGAUCUUCCAACUGGCCCAUCACGUAAAGAACUUCCUGAUCGACCUCAACGUGCCACCGCCGUGUUCUUUCUACGAGGAAAUGCUGCGCAAUCAAGCAUUGCAGCAACAGAGGCUGGCUCAGGAGCAAGAGACGGCGUUCCGUGAAAAGCUGCAACAGGAGGAGAGUGAGAAACGUGCAAUUGAUCAUGAACUCAUGCGACGAGAGGAAGAGAAGAGAGAGGAGAGGAAGAGGAAGGAAUUGGCUAAGCAGCCAAGUACUCUAAACGCAUGUUUCAAAAUAUUGAGGGAAAAAUCGGAGGACCUGGAUAAAAAUCCACGCUACUAUGGGGAGAGCAUGCAAACUCCAAAUAUCCAGGCGUCGGGGUCGGGGACCGAACCCAUGAUCACCUGUAUACCAGGCGACAAGAGGGAGCGUCUCACAUCCCUUUGCAGCAGUGACAACUGCAGCCCAGGAGCGGAGGUGCUCAAGUUCCACACGCAAGGGGAGCGCUCCGUGUACCGCGGAAAGUGCAUCGGUGAGAGCACUCACUUGCGCCGCCAAGUGUUCAACGCGCUAGACAACAGCACGGGCGAGCUGGUGGUCGUGUACGAGUGGGUGCUGCGCUGGCCGGUAGGACACCCCGACCUCCGCACCAGCGAAGACAAGGAGCACAUGGAGAAGUGCCGCAAGCAGGUGCAAGGGGCCAGUGCAGAGUUGCAGUCGCUGUUGAAACUGCGGCACGAGGCGCUGGUGCCGUACCUUGCCAUGGAGAGCCAGGAGACGGAGACGGCCCUCAACGUGCGCCUGCUGGCCGAGCACGUGUCCGGCACGAGCCUGGCCGGCCACCUUGCCCGCACUGGCCCCUUGCCGGUGGAGACGGUCCGCCAGUACGCUUCCCAGCUGCUGCACGUGCUCGACUACCUGCACGCCAGCUCGGUGGUGCACCGUGACCUGCGUCUGUCGAGCGUGCUGCUGGACUGCGCGACGGGUCUGCUCCGCGUCGCCGACUACAGCCUGGCGCGCCGGCUCGCCGACGCCUGCGUGGCGAGCGAGCGGCCCAGUCGGCCCGGCGUGCCGCGGGUCCACUUCGUGGAGCCCGAGUGCGGUGCCGGGGCCGGUGCUGCGGCGGCUCGCUCGCAGCCGCCGAAGACCGGGAAGAAGGGCGACGUGUGGCGGCUGGGCGUGCUGCUGGAGCAGCUCGCGAUGGGACGGGAGAGCAACAACGAUUCGCCCGACACGCCACCUGCCGAUCUCCCCGUUGACUUCCGCGAGUUCCUGAGCCGAUGCUUGUGCGUGGACGACAAGGAAAGGUGGAGCACGCAGCAGCUGCUGGAGCAUCCCUUCAUCAAGUCGCCCGUCUCGUGCUCGCCAUCCACGAGGCCACACAGUCCCGAUGAUGACCUGAACUAUGCGGAGGCCCUCAUCCCGUCUCGUGAUAUCCUGGGCAUGUGCUCCCACCUCGACUCGCAGCGCCAGCUCUCCCGCUACUACACCGAGUUCGAGGAGCUCGCCCUCCUCGGCAAGGGGGCCUUCGGGGCCGUCAUCAAGGUGAGGAACAAGCUGGACGGCUGCUACUAUGCGGUGAAGCGGAUCCUGGUGAACCCAACCAGCAAACAGUUCCGCAGGAUAAAGGGCGAGGUCACACUGCUGUCCCGCCUCAACCACGAGAACAUUGUUCGUUACUACAACGCCUGGAUCGAGCGCUACGAGCUCUCGCCGUCAGAGUGCGCCGGGCUGAACAGCGGCACCGUCACCACCACCAGCAGCAGCAGUGACAAUAACAACCAUAACCCCGAUGCAGCGGGGAAGGCGGAGGCUGCCAAAGAGACUCCCGACGUGGCUAACGUGCGGGGCAGAGGGCCGUCGAUGCAUCUGAGCCGCCUGUCGGGCAUCGCGGGCCUGGACGACGUGGAGGCGAACGCGCCCCCUCCCGUGACGGCGUCGACGCGGACGGUGGCGUCGGGCUCGGUGGAGUGGAGCAUGUCGUACGAGCACUCGAUGAGCGCACGCUGCGGCCCCUCCACGACCGGAGACAGCUCCAGCGACUCGAGCGACGAGGACGACGAGGACGACGCCGUCUUCGGACGGUCCUUUGUACCUUCGGGCAGUGAUUCUGACUGCGACGUCGUGUUUGAGAACUCGGGUGAAAAAAACCAGGAGUCUCAUGAGAGUUCACUGUCUGAUAAAGAGUUGAGCACAAACCGAGCGCCGGUCUGCCAGCCCACACCAACAGUGGUCCACCAUCUCUUCAUACAGAUGGAAUACUGCGAGAGGAGCACUCUACGCGACACCAUAGACAAGGGCCUGCACAUGGAGACGGAUCGCAUGUGGCGUCUUUUCCGUGAAAUCCUGGACGGGCUGGCUUACAUUCAUGAGCAGGGCAUGAUCCACAGAGACCUCAAGCCAGUAAAUAUCUUCCUGGAUUCUUCAGACAGCGUGAAGAUUGGAGACUUUGGUUUGGCUACAGAUCACCGGCUCGUUGCAACCGUGAAACUUCCCACGGAGAAUAUGGGAUCGGCACGCAACUUGCGUGCGAGUUGUACAGGUGGGCUCACGGGGCAGAUUGGCACGGCACUUUACGUGAGUCCGGAGGUUUUGGGGAACAUCAAAGCGGUCUACAAUCAGGAUUUGACAUUUACUCUUUAUCGUAAGAUCCCUCAACAUGGUCUGGUGUGA